AUGGCUCCAGUGAGCACGGAGGCCAUGCUGGGUCGGCUCCUGCUCGCAGCGCUGCUGGCAGCAAGUCUGGUAGCUGCUGUUGAUCGGAACAACUUUAAGACAUGCGAGCAGAGCGCAUUCUGCCGCCGUCAUCGUGACAUGCCCGAGGGCGCGUCAAAAUAUACUGUGCGCUCGAACAUUGAGACCUCAGAUACUGGCAUCACCUUUACCAUCCUAAACACUGAGACCAACGUGGAGCUGGCAGCCUCCUUCGAGGCCUUUGAAGGUGCCACCGGUCGACUCCGGAUCCGGGAAAAGGCGCCAAUCCGCGCACGCUAUGAAGUGCAGGACGUUGUGAAUCCCCACCUCGUGCAUGUGUCCUCGACCAUUGGGCAACAGACAGAAGAUGGUUUCGUGGUUAACUUUGGCGAAUGUGCCAUGGCCGUCACUUACCAGCCUUUCCGCAUUGACUUUUUGCGCAAAGAGGCGGUUGUGAUCAGCCUCAACAGCCGUGGGCUGUUCAAUUUUGAGCACUAUCGCGAAAGGCAGGAGGGCGAUGAAGAGGGCAUGUGGGAAGAAGACUUCAAGACCCACAAGGACACCAAGCCUUACGGCCCCUCGUCCCUGGCUAUCGAUGUCUCAUUCCCAGGCGUGGCCAACGUGUACGGCAUUCCCGAGCAUGCCGAUGACCUGUCGCUCAAGCCCACUCGGGGCUCUGGCGCCGAUCGCCAGCCCUACCGCCUUUACAACUUGGACGUGUUCGAGUACGAACUCGAAGAAAGCAUGGCGUUAUAUGGCAGCCGAGCCACUGGUAUCGAUCGCCAGCGUCCCCUCUUACAGAUUGCCACGCGUAGCAUUCCCUACAUGGUCGGUCACAAGGCUGGGCAGACGAGUGGGUUUCUCUUUCUGAACCCUUCGGAGAUGUGGGUUGAUGUCAAAAAGACUGAGACCUCGGCUGUCAACGCCUUUGCCAACCGUGUCAAGUCCAUGUUCACGGGCUCCAGCAAUGAGGAAGUGCCCCAAACGGAUUCUCACUGGAUUGCUGAGAGUGGCAUCAUGGACUUUUUUGUCUUUUUGGGCCCCAGCCCCAAGGAGGUGUUCCACCAAUACGCCACAGUCACGGGCUUUUCGCCGUUGCCCCCGCUCUUCAGCCUGGCAUACCACCAGUGCCGCUGGAACUACAACGAUCAGGAGGAUGUGCGCUUUGUCACCACCCAGAUGGAUGAGCAUGACAUUCCUUUUGAUGUCAUCUGGCUGGACAUUGAGCACACGGACGGCAAGCGCUACAUGACCUGGGAUCAGGCCAAGUUCCCGGAGCCAGAGGCCAUGCAAAAAUUUGUUGCCUCUACAGGACGUCGCAUGGUCAAUAUCGUGGAUCCUCACAUCAAGCGAGCAGGGGGAUACCACCUGCACGAAAACGCCCAAAAGCUGGACUACUACAUCAAGGACCGUGAUAACAAGGCCUAUGAUGGCUGGUGCUGGCCCGGUUCUUCUUCUUGGCUGGACUUUUUGAAUCCUGAGAUCCGCUCGUGGUGGGCUGACAUGAUCAACCCUGAGCAUUACAAGGGCACGACUCUGGACAUGUACUUCUGGAACGACAUGAAUGAACCGUCGGUCUUUAACGGACCUGAGGUGACCAUGCACAAGGAUGCAAAACACUUUGGCGGCUGGGAACAUCGCGAUGUGCACAACAUCUACGGCAUGUGGCAGCAGGCUUCCACGGCCGAGGGCAUCAAGCGCCGCUCCGGUGGCUCAGAACGUCCCUUUGUGCUGUCGCGCGCAUUCUUCGCUGGUAGCCAGCGUUAUGGCGCCAUUUGGACUGGAGACAACACGGCUGGCUGGGAUCACUUGGCCGCUAGUCUGCCAAUGGUCAUGAGCAUUGGCGUGGCCGGCCUUCCCUUUGCGGGUGCCGACAUGGGUGGCUUCUUUGGCAACCCCGAUGCAGAGCUGCUCGUUCGCUGGUACCAAGCGGGAGCCCACCAACCCUUCAUGCGCGCACAUGCCCACAUUGACACCAAGCGCCGCGAGCCCUACCUCCUCGAAGAAGCGGAGCGCGGCUUUGUACGUGACGCCGUUCGCAGCCGCUACCAGCUUCUGCCUUACGUCUACACCGAAUUUUACUUGGCAGAGCAAACGGGGACGCCUGUGAUGCGAACAGUGUGUGACCACCAUGCCUCGACGGGCCUGGAUCUGGACAAGCCUCACUUUUAUCCUCCAAUUGUUCCCAGGCCGUUGUGGGUUGACUUUCCCGCCGACGACAAGGUGUUUGCCGAGCAGGAGGAGCAUCUGUUGGGCUCCAGCAUGCUGAUUGCACCCGUGCUCGAGGCCGGACAUACGACAAAACGGGUAUACUUUCCGGCCAACAGCGUGUGGUAUGACAUGCAGACAUGGGAGCGUUUUGCAGGCGGCCGGCAAGUCACGGUGAUGGCCCCCUUGGACAAGAUUCCCGUCUACCAGCGAGCCGGUAGCAUCAUUCCGAAGCGUAUGCGUGUGCGCCGCAGCUCGCGACUCAUGGCACACGAUCCCUUUACGUUGUACAUUGCCGUUGAUCCGGCAACGCAAUCGGCCAGCGGUCAAUUGUACCUCGACGACACGCACACGUUUUCGUACACUGCCAGCAAGCAAUUCUUGCUUCGUAACUUUGAGCUCCGUGGCCAAGGUCAAACCUACACUUUCUCCAGUCGUGCUGCCCCGGAGUCGGGUUCAUUUGAGACUCCCGCGUGGGUCGAGCGUCUUGUGAUCGUGGGUCUUGAGAACGUGGCUACCAUCAGCGAGGAGGGACGGAAUGUCGAGUUUUCCAAGAAGGGUGCCACCUUGGUGGUGAAAAAGCCCUGGGUCAAUUCUGUGGCUGAUGACUUCACCCUCACCAUCACCCUGGCAUAG